CAAUCUUACACAUCUAUUUCCACUCUUCCCGACGCUUAAGCAUCAACUCAUAGCCCAGCCGCCAAAAUGAAGUUCUCCAUCACUAUCGUCGCCGCCCUUCUCUCCGCCACUGGCAUGGCCGCCCCCGCCAACGAAGUCUCUAUGAUGGCUGCCUCUCCCCAGUGGACCAUCCAAACCCUCAACCGAGUCUGCGACAAGCCCGACGCCACAUGCACCUGGAACUUCAAGAUCAACACUGGCAGCGGUGCCGCUACCGCUUGCAAGUACGUCGUCAAGUCCACCAAGACGGCCAAGGCCUCCAAGGCCAACGGCGGCCCUGCUACCUGCGGCGACUUCACCAUCACCUCUGGCUGGAGCGGUCAGUUUGGUGCCGACAAGGGAUUCACUACUCUUUCGGUGGUCAGCAAGAGCAAGAAGCAGAUUGUUUACCCUGCCUACACCGACCAGCAGCUUGCUGGCGGCAAGGUUGUCAAGCCUGACCAGGCCUACGCUCCUGCUUCUCUCCCUUAAGCUUGUCUGGAAAGCUGGAAAGUGUGGACUUUAUCAUAGACGGGAUUGAUUGGAGCGAAUGAGCGAUCAUGUUUUCUUUCUUCAUCUGAGGUAUCUACCUCAUCUUUAAUCAUAGAGAUAGCACAUAGACAUAUAGCCACUUUUGUAUAGAACAUAGCCUCAAUCAAGAAUAAUGCUGGCUUGGCAUUGAAUUGCCGACAAG